AUGCAGGCUCCACGGGCUCCAGUCCUCGUGCAAAACGAGAACUUGCCCAUCUUCCGAGGCGUUGAUGGGAAGAAGGCCGGAGUGGCGCGCGGGCAUGCGGCGAGGGCGGGGCGGAGAGCCCUGGGAGACCUCGGUAGAGCCGGCAAAGCCCCGCCGGCCGGCGCCUCCAGGAAGGCCGCAGCAGCAGCAGCAGCAGUGAGCGUGCAGGGGUCGAAGGGCGUGGCGAAACCGAGCUCUCUGAGUGACGGGGACUGGGUGAAAUGCUGCGAGUGGGCUAAGGGUGGCAUUGAGACUGCGAGUUUCACCGGGAAUGAUAUGCAGAGACUGAUGGCAGACGAGCGUGAAGAGCGCAUACGAAAGAAGGUGGAGAAGGCAAUGAGCACUUUGCAAGUCUCCAUGGACAGUAUUUAUGACAUCGAUGAACCAUCAAAGAUAUCCAUGGACGAUCCAGAUGAUGAAACAACAUUGGAGCUUGACCCUGAGAUUCUUCCUCCAAUGUCGCAUUUAAGCUCAAGACUAGGUGAGCAUGAUGGCAACUAUCUCCUUCCUGAUUUAGAAUUUGAGUAUGAAGCUUUCUCUGGUUGCAAUUUCGAACUGAAGCUCAAGGAUGGUUACGGAAAUGAUAGUUCUUCUAAAUCAACAAUAUUACUCCGUUGA